AAUAGAGCGUGAUAGCUGCAUUGACUGACUGAUUGAUGGGUUUCAGUGCAGGCGAUCGAAAACCAUAGUUUGAACGUCCGGCGGAGGGAUACGAUCCGGGUGAGCGGGUUGGCGUCAGCUUGUGGAAGUUUUGUGGCGCCAGAAUUUGGAAUCGUUCUUCCGUCUGGUCUAUACGUUUGUUGGGGUUGUAAUCUGCGGCGGGAGCGGACAUGGUGCUGCUUCGGAGCGCUGCGGGGUCAUCGAAUGGCCCUGCGACGUCUUACCGGGACAACGAGUCUCUGCUCGAUUCCAGCUCCGAGUUUCUCUGCCUAGAACCACAGAAGGAGUCCCCAGAGUUGGGUAAACGGAGGUCUCGGAGAAGCCCCGGCCUUAACAGCACGGCCGAGACUGCAGAAGGUCCCUUUUCUGAAAAUGAGGGUGUCGGUAGCCAUAGUCAGAGAGCUUUAAGAAAGCGUAAAUUUGAAGACCUUCAGAACAGCUCAGAUAAAAGCCUGGAUAAAACCAAUGAAAUGAAUGAUGAUAAACGUGAAGUCAGGAGGCUAACAAGAAGGGUAGCAAAGCAAGAAGCCGAUGCAAGCAUCAAUGGGAACUGCAAUGGAGAAGAAAUAGUAACCUCUGCCUGUGAAACUUCGAGGAGAACAAGAAACCCUGAAAAGACUGCUGCCCAUCAAGUGAAUGGAGAUGUGGAAGUUCGCCGGAGUGGAAGGAUCAGGAGAAGCCUUUACAGCACCACUAAUCAGUCUGUUCUGUUUGAUAAACUCAUAACAAAUACAGCAGAAGCUGUUCUGCAAAAGAUGGACCACAUGAAGAAAAUGCGGCGCCGGCGUCUUCGGGAGCUUGAUGAUCUCACAGUCUUCAAUGACACUGAAGAGAGCAUUGACAUGUAUUCACUGGUGAAGGAAAAACGUGGUGCUGCACAAUUGGAUGAGGAAACCACAGAUAAUCAAGAGGAAAGUGGAGAAUCUUCUGAAGAAGGUGAAGAGCAAGAAGAUGAGGAAGAGGAGGAUGAAGAUGAGGAGGAUGAAGAUGGAGAAGAAGAUAACCAAAAACGUUAUGAAUUGCGGCAGAGGAAAACUGUUGUGCCCUACCAGGCUCCCUUAGCAGAACCCAGGAGCCAUAAGAAGCGUGGUAUGUUUUAUGAUGGCUCUGCUUCUCCAACAAGAAGGUAUCGUCGCUUUAAUUCAGCUGGGCCAAGAAGUCCUUACUGCAAAAGGCGCCUCAAUAGGAGAAGGCAUGCCAUCCAUAGUAGUGAUUCUACAUCCUCUUCAUCAGAUGACGAGCAACAUUUUGAGAGGCGUAUGAAUCGGAGCCUCAACAAAGCUGUUAGCAGGUGCUUACCUCUUAAUCUGCAAAGAGAUGAUCUGAAGGGAAUUCACAAAGACAGAAUGAAAAUAGGAGCAAGCCUUGCGGAUGUGGAUCCAAUGCAAAUAGAUACAACUGUCAGAUUCAGUAGUGUUGGGGGACUUUCCAAACAUAUUGCUGCUCUCAAAGAGAUGGUGGUUUUCCCUUUACUUUACCCUGAAAUAUUUGAAAGAUUUAAGAUACAACCUCCACGUGGCUGUCUGUUCUACGGGCCUCCUGGUACAGGAAAAACUUUAGUUGCUCGGGCAUUGGCAAAUGAAUGCAGUAUUGGUGAUAAGAGAGUGUCCUUCUUCAUGAGGAAAGGUGCAGACUGCCUAAGCAAAUGGGUUGGAGAGUCUGAGCGCCAGCUAAGGCUGCUUUUUGAUCAGGCCUAUCAAAUGCGACCUUCUAUUAUAUUUUUUGAUGAAAUAGAUGGUUUGGCACCUGUAAGAUCCAGUCGACAGGAUCAAAUUCACAGUUCAAUAGUUUCCACCUUGCUUGCUCUUAUGGAUGGACUGGAUAGUCGAGGAGAAAUUGUGGUAAUUGGAGCCACAAAUAGACUAGAUUCAAUUGAUCCUGCCUUAAGACGACCAGGGCGUUUCGACAGAGAAUUUCUUUUCUCCUUGCCUGAUAGAGAUGCAAGAAAGGAGAUUCUCAAGAUUCACACAAAAGAAUGGAACCCAAAGCCAUCAGACAUAUUUUUGGAAGAACUUUCUGAAAAAUGUGUCGGAUACUGUGGAGCAGAUAUAAAGUCUGUGUGUGCAGAAGCAGCUCUUUGUUCAUUGCGCCGCCGCUAUCCCCAGAUAUACACCACGACGGAAAAAUUGCAACUGGAUGUUAAUUCUAUUAAGAUUACUGCUAAAGACUUUAUUAUAGCCAUGCAGAAAAUUGUGCCAGCUUCCCAGAGAGCUGUUGUAUCUCCUGGGCAAGCACUGUCUCCAAUAAUCCAGCCACUUCUUCAGAACACACUUCAUAAAGUCUUGGAAGCUCUGAUGAAAAUUUUUCCUCAUGCUCUUGAAGGAAUCAAGAAAGAAAAACAAUCUGAACGUUCAAGUCACCUGGUGGAUGAAGAAUUGUUAUAUAGUGAUGAUGAAGGCCCAUCAGUUUUUGAAAAUGGCUUGCCUAAUAAAACACCAAACAAACCAAAUUGUCCAUUUCUUCAACUAAAUAUGAAUGCACGUAAUCAUCCAACUUCAUAUAGGCCUAGACUCCUGCUGGCUGGUAAACCGGGGUAUGGGCAAGGAACCCAUCUGGCUCCUGCAGCUAUACAUGCCUUGGAAAAGUUCACUGUAUACACGGUAGAUCUUGCCGUUCUUUUUGGUGUUGGCGCUACCUCCCCUGAAGAAACUUGUGCUCAGCUUUUUCGGGAAGCUAAAAGAACUGCCCCAAGCAUCCUGUAUAUUCCACAUAUUCACUUAUGGUGGGAAACAGUCGGUGACAUACUGAAGGCAACGUUUAUUACUUUGCUGAAAAGCAUCCCUUCGUUUUCACCUAUUCUCUUCCUUGCAACAUGUGAUGUGGAUCAUUAUAAGUUGCCAAAUGAGUUGCAAGAGCUUUUUGUGGAAGAUUAUGGUGAAGUAUUUCAUGUUCAGUUGCCAAGCAGAGAGGAAAGAAGGGCAUUCUUUGAGGAUCUUCUAUUAAAUCAAGCUGCCAAAGCUCCAGUUUCUAAAAAGAAGGCAGUUCUGCAGGCACUGGAGGUUUUGCCUCUUGCUCCUCCACCUGAGCCGCGCACUCUCUCAGCUCAGGAACUGAAACAACUGGAAGAGCAGGAAGAGAACACACUGCGAGAGCUGAGACUCUUUUUAAGGGAUGUCUCCCACAGACUUGCCAUAGAUAAACGCUUCAGAGCUUUUACAAAGCCUGUGGAUCUAGAGGAGGUGCCUGAUUAUGUGACAGUCAUUGCACAGCCCAUGGAUCUCUCUACCGUCAUCAGCAAAAUUGAUCUGCACAAAUAUCAUACAGUCAAGGAAUAUUUAAAAGAUAUUGAUCUCAUAUGUAGCAAUGCUUUAGAGUACAACCCUGAUAAAGAUCCAGGAGAUCGUUUGAUCAGGCACAGAGCUUGCACUCUCAAAGAUGCCACUUAUGCAAUAAUUAAAGAAGAGUUGGAUGAAGAAUUUGAAAAGCUUUGUGAAGAAAUCCAAGAAUCUCGCAAGAAAAGAGGUUUUUCUGCUUCAAAAUAUGCACCGUCGUAUUACCAUGUUCUACCAAAACAGAGUGGCACUACAGAUGGAAAGAAAGCAGAAACAGAAAAGACAGGGCAGUCGGCAGUACCCUUGGCAGUCAGCACACCAAGUGCAACUCAAUUUAAAAGGAAACCCAGGAGAAAAAGUCGGUGGAGUUCGGGUAACUGUACUAAAAGAAAGAGGCUUCCAUCUCUUAAAAAUGAAAAAAACAAUGAAGAGGCUGAAAGUGAGGCUGACCAGGAAAAUCCUGAAUCAAGCCUUGACCGUACAGAGAUUGAAUUGGACUCUUCAGCUGAUGCAGGGAAUGAGACGCCUGCAGCAGACAAUCCUGCUGAGAACUUGCCAAUGCAAAUGUUAACAUCUACUGUUAAUACAAAGGAGCCUGAAUCUACAGCACCUGAAGAGCCUCCAGCUGUAGAGCACAGCGAAUUAGGUGAUGUGCGUUUUGUGCACAUGACCCGUGGAAGACAACUUCAAGUUGAACAGCAGCAUUUGGUCAGCGCCGAAGAAGCCAUGGCGAUACUUUCUGAACCAACCCCAGUCUUGUAUGUUGAUCAUAACCAACUUAAGAAUCUUGUGGACAAAGCUGUAGCAAGAAGCAAUGACUAUAAUGUAUUUCAGCUGGAAAAGAUGUAUGCCUUACUCAGCCAGUGUAUAUACAGACAUUGUAAAGAUUAUGAUAAAACACUGUUAAUAAAGGAAAUGGAAGAUGAAAUAAACAGCUUCAGAAAAUGAAACACGGAUUUUACCUCACAUGACCUGCCAGAUGUGACCUAUAUAAUAUAUACAGCUUAAAUAAAUGUUCUAUUUACUUGUAAAUGUUUUCUUUGAAAAUGUAUUCUUCAGAUACACAAGCAAUAAUUGCUUUUUAUACUAAUGUACUUUCAUAUUUGUAUAUCGCCCUCAUCCCCCUCUUUUAUAUGGAUUCCCUGUAAGUACGAAUGUUGGAAAACUGUAAAUACAAACGUCUUCCAAUGAAUGAGUUUCUUUUAAACUUCCGAGAUAACAAGGUCUGUGGUGAAAGUUUGUUUAUCUGACUUAAGCAACACUGGUGCUGAAAAUGGUAUAUUGUCCUCAAAAUAAAGUCUUUCUUUGUGCCAAAA